AUGGCUGACCACUCAAUGACCGCGGCCUCUGAUGCGGCGUCUAUCGAUUCUUUCGACCUUGCGCCCAAUUCCCCGUUGACCAAAGAGAAGACACGCGCCGCGCAUGCAAGCUGGAUACUUGAGCUGGAGCAAAGACCCGAGUUUAGACUGCUGUCAGAACUCGUACAAAACCCUGAUGCCACUCCAGAUGAUGCCGUUCAACAAUUGGUAAACCUCACGCACCAAUCUGCCCUGGAGGAAACAAUAGGCAAUCACUGCUGGAUGACCGCUUGCAGCUUCUUAGAGGUAGCUGCUCGUUCUGCGCCAGGGCAACAGGCAAAAUUAAUCGCUCUUCUAUUGUCUCUUCGCUCCGUCAUUCUGACUGACUCCAGCACGGAUGAGCCGUGGACAUUCGAGGAUGGAGCAGGUGUCGUCUGGCAAGAUCUUCCCACUUUCGGUUACACUAUUGCUGACGAGAUGGGUUCCUUCGAUGGCCAAGACCCAGACUACACGCAAGAAGAAGCGCACAAGUGGGAGAAUCUGACAGCUUUCCUCGCCCAAAUUGAUUCUAGUGUCUCAGAAUCACCUUCAGUCCUAGACUUCUCCGCAUCAUGGGCACCCACAGCUUUCGCCUGGGCUUUCGAAGGGGACAGCGAGUCAGCGCAGUCGUCUGAGCUCGCAGUGCGUCUUGCAUGUAUUUGGCUUAUCUAUGAUUCGGGCAAGUUAUGGUCCAAGGUACGCGACUCUGAGUUAAACUCGAAUACUCGGGAGCGCUGGGAGGCCUGGAGGCAGGGUCUAAAGGAUUGUCGGACACGGUUCGCUUGUGAGACAACGACGCCUAUGCUGAUUGCAAAUGCGCUGGCACAGAUGCAGAUACAGCAGGUCCAGCACAUCCACAUGUAGCCAGCAUGCGACCAUGCAGAAGACAACGUUCCCCUAGAUUUGCUCGCUAGCAGUGUCUUCAGAUGUUCUUUACUCGUCUUAACAUCUGGGACGGGGAACAUGUUCAUGUUCCGUCAGUAUUACCGCCUAAGCAUCUUGAGUCUACAUCCUCACCAACUUACGAUCCCGUAUUACUCGCGUGGCCAAAAAGCAAAGCACCU